GGCUUCUCUUCCUCACCACCGCAUCUCACAUCCCCUGAGCUCUGCUCCAAGCACAGUCGUCUCCUCCUCCUCCUCCUGUGGUUAGAGCAAGAGGCCAGGCCGUGAAAAUGCCGAUCAGCAGGAUCGCCGUCGGGAGCCACCAGGAGGUGUACCACCCGGGCGCCCUCAAGGCGGCGUUCGCUGAGUUCAUCUCCACCCUCAUAUUCGUCUUCGCCGGCCAGGGCUCCGGCAUGGCCUUCAGCAAGCUGUCCGGCGGCGGCGCUACGACCCCCGCUGGCCUGAUCUCGGCGGCGGUGGCGCACGCCUUCGCCCUGUUCGUGGCCGUGUCCGUGGGCGCCAACAUCUCCGGCGGCCACGUGAACCCCGCCGUUACCUUCGGCGCCUUCGUUGGCGGCAACAUCACCCUGUUCCGCGGCCUCCUGUACUGGAUCGCCCAGCUCCUGGGCUCCACCGUGGCGUGCCUCCUCCUCCGCUUCUCCACCGGCGGCCUCGCCACCGGCACCUUCGGCCUGACCGGCAUCUCCGUGUGGGAGGCCCUGGUCCUGGAGAUCGUGAUGACCUUCGGCCUGGUGUACACGGUGUACGCGACCGCCGUGGACCCGAAGAAGGGCAGCCUGGGCACCAUCGCCCCCAUCGCCAUCGGCUUCAUCGUGGGCGCCAACAUCCUGGUCGGCGGCGCCUUCGACGGCGCGUCGAUGAACCCCGCCGUGUCCUUCGGCCCCGCCCUCGUGAGCUGGUCCUGGGGCUACCAGUGGGUGUACUGGGUCGGCCCCCUCAUCGGCGGCGGCCUUGCCGGCGUCAUAUACGAGGUGCUCUUCAUCUCCCACACCCACGAGCAGCUCCCCACCACCGACUACUGAGCUGGGGCUUCAGUAGCCGCCGCCGCCGCCGAGGACGACGACGACGUUCGCGCAGCAGCCGGUUCCUCCGUCCGUUUGAUCAGUUCUGCCCUCGCCGUUUAAGUUAGCUUUUCCCCGCAUCGCGUGCUGCUUGCAUCGACCACCGCCAUGUACCAUGAACCCGAAUUCUCCACCGCCGCUGCGCCGCUCGCCAUGGUUUGCUUCGAUCAGUCGCAUCAACUUGGAACUGUAACCGCCAACGUGAAUUCCGGACCCCGUUUGCUUCUGUAAAAUUUGUGAAUUUGCCCGCGAGUACUCUAUUUGUCAUCCA